AUGUCCUCUGAAUCCGAUUCCCUCCCACCAGGAGUCCCGCCCCUGCCACCAUACGUGGUAGUCUUUGGGCCCAGAGCAAACUGCACACUCGAGAUAUGUCCCGUGGAGAUCUCCGUGUACGGUUACCGACCGUCCCUUGCCGCCAACGUCUCCUUCAUCGCGCUGUUCACAGUCUCGGCCUUGAUCCAUACCUACCUCGGCAUUCGGUGGAAGCAAUGGUGGUACAUGGCAUGUAUGAACAUUGGUGCUGUGAACGCUGUUAUUGGCUAUGCAGGGAGGGUUAUGAUGUGGUAUAACCCGUUUAAUUUUGCUGCGUUUAUGAUGCAGAUUAUUUGCAUCUCAACAGGACCGGUCUACUACUGUGCUGCCAUCUACAUCACCCUUGCUCUUUCCAUCAACUACUUCGCCCCGGACCUGUCCCGCUUCAAACCCUCACUAUUCUACUACAUCUUCAUUACCUGUGAUAUUAUCUCCUUGAUUCUCCAAGCAGCCGGCGGCGGGCUGUCCACAUCUACAUCCGGCCAGAGCCAGAUGGGCGUCGACCUUGCGCUGGCUGGACUAAGUUUCCAGGUCUUCACCAUGCUUGUCUUUUGCUUCUUCUUCGCCGACUACCUGAUUCGAUAUUUCCGGUCUGGGCGGUGGAAAAACAGGGCUCACGAUGGAUCAUCAACCCGACUGAAGCUCUUUUUUAGCUUCAUGGUAUUGGCCAUCUUGCUGAUUCUUGCGCGCUGCGCGUACCGAUUGGCCGAGCUGCAUGAGGGGUAUAGAUCCGAGGGGCUGAUCCGUGACGAAGGGUUGUUCAUUGCAUUGGAAGGAGUUAUGGUUCUCGCUUCUGUGUAUUGCCUUAUGGUUGGACACCCGGGCUUGGUCUUCAAAGCAAAGAAGGACUCGGCAUCGGGGGAUCCUAGUAGCGAGCAGGAGCUCCAAGAAUAUCCUGGUCGAUAAGAGCCGCACGAGAGUUUGCACUGGGCUCAAUUGGAGAAGCAGGAGAUGGAUGCACGAAGCAGCGGGGCAUAUGGGCAGAGUAUGGAAGCAACCUGGCCUCGGGCUUAAUCUAAUUGGAAGUCCAGUCUGCUUUAUAAAUGUACUAGU